UAGCCUCUCUACUUUCCUUUGCGUUUACCCCACUCGCUUUCUUUCUUCUCCUCUUCCAUUUUCCGAUAUUCGUCUCUCAUCUCAUCCUCUCCUCCCCCUCUUAUACCUAAUCACACCGCAGCCUCCUCUCUCCAUCACCAUCACUAUCGAGAUCGUGAUCUCGAUUUCCCUUUAGACCUCCAAAUCUUAUACGAUUUGAUCCCUAACGUAUAUACGCGAUGCUUCGUUUGUGCUACAGGCCGCUGGAGCGUUGUUUUGGAUGGCGAGGAUGCGGUGGCGGCGGCACCGGUGGCGAUGGCCUGUUGUGGCACUCUGACUUGAAGCCUCAUGCCUCUGGCCACUACUCCAUCGCCGUCGCUCAGGCCAAUUACAGUCUCGAAGAUCAGAGCCAAGUCUUCACGUCUCCCUCCGCCACCUACAUCGGCGUCUAUGAUGGUCACGGUGGACCCGAAGCUUCCAGAUUCGUCAACAAACGCCUCUUCCCUCAUCUACAGAAGUUUGCUUCUGAACAAGGUGGAUUGUCCGUGGAUGUGAUAAAAAAGGCGUUUAAGGCCACUGAGGACGAAUUUUUGCAUUUGGUGAAGCGAACAUUGCCUAUGAGUCCCCAAAUUGCUUCAGUAGGAUCAUGCUGUCUUCUUGGUGCAAUUUCUGAUAAUAUGCUGUAUGUUGCAAACCUUGGAGACUCUAGAGCUGUUCUUGGCCGGCGAGAUUCAGAGAGCAAAAAAUGCUCAGUGGUGGCAGAGCGGUUAUCAACAGACCAUAAUGUGGCCUUCGAGGAGGUGAGGAGGGAGGUGGAGGCCCUCCAUCCUGACGAUUCACACGUUGUGGUUUAUAGCCGUGGAGUUUGGAGGAUUAAAGGCAUUAUCCAGGUGUCAAGAUCCAUUGGUGAUGUGUAUCUCAAGAGACCUGACUUUUACAGAGACCCGGUUUUUCAGCAGUUUGGAAACCCAGUUCCUUUGAAGCGUCCAGUAAUGACAGCUGAACCAUCAAUCCUUAUUAGGGAGCUUGAGUCGGAAGAUUUAUUCUUGAUAUUUGCAUCAGAUGGCCUUUGGGAACAAUUAAGUGAUCAAGCAGCAGUUGAGAUUGUUUUUAAGCAUCCAAGAGCCGGAAUCGCCAAGAGAUUGGUAAGAGCUGCUCUGCAAGAAGCUGCAAAGAAGAGAGAGAUGAGAUAUGAUGAUAUAAAGAAAAUUGACAAGGGAAUAAGAAGACAUUUCCAUGACGAUAUCACUGUUAUCGUUAUAUAUCUUGAUCACCACAAUGGUUCCCCUUAUGAUAGAUCUAAACCAAAUACUGUUGGCUGCACUAGUGCCCCUGUGGAUAUUUUCUCCCUCAAUGCAGAUGAGUCAGAACAGAGCAUGCUCCGUUCGGUUGCUUAAGGAGCAAAGUUCAAUAUAAAUUAAAAUACGAAGAUGGAUAUUGUUGGUGGAUGGGAUUCAUGAAAAGAAGGGUUCAAGUUAAGUUACUGCAUAGAUAGUAACUGAAGGUUUUCUACAGAUUUUGCUAUUGCAGAUAGCACAUGUAUAGUUUCGAAGCCCCUUUUCUGAUUACAGAUAUCUCAGUUUUGUUCUUUCUGAAAAAAGAGAAUAAAGUCUGUAUUGAUUAGUCAGUCA